UCCACCCCCUUCCCCCUCCCUCCGCUGCCAUCACCCCUCGAUUUCAUCGGCGAUUCGAUUCGAUUCCCCCGAUUAGGGUUUACUCUAGAGAGGGAGAGGGAGCUCGCCCGCUAGGGUUUCGCGGGGACAUGGCCCAGGCGGUGGAGGAGUGGUACCGGCAGAUGCCCAUCAUCACGCGCUCCUACCUCACCGCCGCCGUCGUCACCACCGUCGGCUGCACCCUCGAGAUCAUUUCGCCCUACCACCUGUACCUGAACCCCAAGCUGGUGGUGCAGCACUACGAGAUCUGGCGCCUCGUCACCAACUUCCUCUACUUCCGUAAGAUGGAUUUGGACUUUCUGUUCCACAUGUUUUUCCUUGCACGAUACUGCAAGCUUCUCGAGGAGAAUUCAUUCAGAGGAAGAACUGCCGACUUUUUCUACAUGCUCUUGUUUGGCGCUACUGUCCUGACUGGCAUUGUUCUGAUUGGUGGGAUGAUACCUUAUAUUUCUGAGACAUUUGCCAGAAUUCUGUUCUUGAGCAAUUCACUGACAUUUAUGAUGGUUUACGUAUGGAGCAAGCACAAUCCAUUCAUUCAUAUGAGCUUCCUGGGUUUAUUCACCUUCACUGCCGCUUACUUGCCUUGGGUCCUUCUGGGGUUCUCUAUUCUUGUUGGAAGCAGCACAUGGGUUGAUCUGUUGGGUAUGAUUGCUGGACAUGUGUACUACUUCCUGGAAGAUGUAUACCCACGUAUGACUGGUCGACGUCCCCUGAAGACUCCUUCAUUCAUCAAGGCGCUAUUUGCUGAUGACAAUGUUGUCGUGGCACGGCCACCCAAUGCUGGGCUUGGCGCUGGAGCAAGGUUUGGUGCUAUGGGUCCAGAACCCCAGGUCCAAUGAUCAAUUGCAUCUUUAGGGCUGUGACUGAUCGAAGACAGUUUUUUCAUCUGUUCAAAUAGCAAAAUUGUACAAGCAAUGUUCCCGUGUAUUUAUACAGGCUAGAUGAGAGAGUUAAUCAGGGUUAUUGUGCAUAAGAAAGCAUUAGUAGUAUCUGGGGCAGCAAAAUUUCUUAACUUGACACGAACGGUGAAUGGAAUGGUUAACGAUCGGCUGGACAUGCUGCCAUCCUUGGUUGCAAAAACAUCUCAUUUUUUGCGACGAUUAA